ACUUUACGACGGGCAAUAGUUUGCGUGUGUCUCUCCAUCGAUCGAGAUUCGCCAUAUUGGUGUCAGUUGGAUGUUUGAGUUUCAGUUAGUUGGUAUUGCACAUACUGUACAUAUCGCUCCUUCCAGCGCCGAAGGAUGGAUCCAAACCGGAAUUCUUAUAAGUGCUGGGCCUUUUUGUUGUUUUUACUCGUCGUCGAGUCGGCCGUCGUUAACGGCCGAGCGGAUGCAUCGAAUUCCGGACUUCCGGUAGCUUUCGACACUGUGCCGCUUGGCGAUUUUCACAUCCGCACCUACGAGAAGGAACUUGGUUCUUUGAAUCGAUUCUACUUCGCCCCGUUGGCUCUGCUGGAGCACACGAGUGCCUCUAGCGGCCGUAAUAACUUGACCGGCGAAAAUCAGCUGGCCUUCCGCGUCGAGAUGUGGACGGAAGAGCUGGUCCACGUCGUCAAAGAGCAUCUGAGCAACGUGACUGGGCUGGACGUGGCCGAGAACAAAGUGAGCGUGUUGCCGUUCGAAAAAGUUUCGAUGCGCUGCCGACGGUGCGGCAGCAGCGGGACGGGCCGGCCCGAUAGCCACUGGCGAUCCUUUUCGCACGGACCCAAACAGAUGCAAUUCCGGCUGGUCUGCCCCACCUUGGAAGAGUGUCGAGAUCUCGGCCAACAAAUGAUUACCCAUCCGGAGCAGUUCUCCUCGCAGCUGACGCUCUACUUCCGAUUUGAUCAUAAAAGUUUGACGUCCGGGGGCUCCUUGAGGCGCAAGUCCGCCUCCGUGUCCGGCGAGCACGUUUGGAACGGUCCAAUUAUGGCGGAUUUGAAUAGGAGAUUUUCCAACUCUUCUUUCGCUUUGGUGACUGCCCAGGAUCGCGCCAGGAUCGUUUCCGAAGCUCUGGAAAAUGUUCUGACGGAUGUCGAGGUGUUGGAGGAUUCCGACAAUCUCGGACUGGAACCCGAGGACGAAACGCGUUUGCGGAGGAUUUUGGAGAAUCUCAUCUUUGAAAAUCACAUCAUUCCGCUGGAGGAAGAUGACGAAUCUUCGUGGAAUUCUCUCUACUGGGACUACGAGAACGCCGGAUCGGAUGUGAGGCCAGACGUCAUGGCCCGGAAACUCAACAAAAUUUACCAGAACGCGGAUGAGAAGGAGCGCAAGUGGAUGGUUCAACAAGUGAUGCAGGAUGAGCCUUCCGGCCUGAUGGCGUCGGCGAAAAAUGUCGUCAGUGAUGAGACACUUCGGGCUCUGACGAACGUCUUCCAAACUUCGCCAUCACGUCUUUCGAGUAGGCUGGAAGAGAGCAGAAGAACUAUCCAGUGGGAGAGAAAUCAUUUCGCUCCCAGGCUGACGAAAUUGUACCGAAUCAAUUUGGACAAGCUGCGCAACAGUUUCAAGCCCGUGCGGAAUAUUCCCAUCAAAUAUUCGGUCGUCGACUUGAAAUUGGAUCUAAACGUUCAACCGACAAUGUCGCGAAUUAAUUUCGACAGAAAACCUCAGAUUCCUAAAUCCACAGGAAAUGAGGAAAUUCAAGAACAAUCGCAACCAGCGCCUACAAGUGACCCAACAGGAAAUGAGGCCGACCCUGGAAUAUUUCAAGGUAAGUUGCGAAUUUUGGCCGCUAGCUGCCGCUUCCUCCUGUUGACAAGGUUGCUAUGGGGAUAGUGUUAUGUAAAUACCCCGACUUACAUAAUUUAAAACAAAUCGCGAUGACAACAUAAAACUUUCUAGUCGUUUCCUGUCAAACGACCUGUGGUUGUAGACUUACUCUGCACGAAUAAUCAGUUCUUGUCAUUCUUCGCUAUGGCACUGUCAGGUCUGUUCCAAACGCGGGGCCAUCACCGGCGGAGGCAUAGAGACUGCUCCCUACACCGUUCUGAGAAAAGAAAAGUAAUAUGAGGAGAGGCUUUAUCCAGCUCAGAAAUGGGUGAAGACCCAAACCGAGAGCAUCUCGAAAGAUUCUGCUUCUUCUGCCAUGUUCUGGAAGCUGUUCAACUACAUUUCAGGCAAGAAUGAUAAGAAAACCAAAGUUCCCAUGACUGCUCCAGUCUCUGUUUUCAUUGAACCUGCAUCUGGUCCCAACUGCGAAAGCACUUUCACUAUGGCAUUCUAUGUUCCGGCUGCUUUUCAAGAUGACACACCACAACCCACAGAAAGUGGUGUGACGAUUGAAGAAUGCCAAAGUUCAAGGUUCUAGCAAGAGCUUUUCAAGGCCCUUCUGAUGAAACAGCUUUUGUGCAAGAGGCAGUUCUUUUCGGAGAAUUGAUUCAGUCAAACAAAGAAACUGGGGUUGAUUUUGAUACUUAUUUUUCCGCGCAAUAUUAUAAUGGAGAUCCCGGCUCUGUCGAGAUCGAAGAAAUAUGGUUUAAAAAAGCGAAUUCAUUCCUAGUAUAAUUAACUUGUGGGGGCUUUUCAAACGACCGCGUCACACAACAGGAACGUCAAAACCUGUUUGAUUCUCUGGCUGAAGAGGAUAAACAAUUAGUCAACCAAACCGGACCAUAUUAUUACGCUGGAUACGAUCCCCCAUUCAAACUUUUUUAUCGCCGCAACGAAGUAUGGAUGAUUCCCCAAUCUGAAUUGAACUUGCCUCUUGAUGCAGAAUCCCAACAGCACACAACUGUCGCAAAGCCCAUCAGCUCUUGCGACGAGAAAAAUGAAUCGGACAAUUGAAGCAAUUCCAAAAACUAUUCAAAAUUUAAAAUUCUCUUAAAAAAUUUCGUUCAUUCUUUUCCGAUCUUUGCAAAAAUUCAAUCUGGCUGGUUUUUGAGUAAAUCCAAUACUAUAUACGAUACACAAUUGUCGCUUUCACACGACAAAAUAAAUAAAGGGUUUCUGAAAAUUA